AAGGAAAUAACUCUUUAAUUAAAUGUUAUAUAAACGAUAAUAAAAUAUUAUUCAUGAAAAAUGUUUUUUUCCAUUUUUCUAGAAAUUAAACCAACAAUCAUUACUGAUCUCGAAGGAAGAACAGUUCAAAAAGGUGAACCAUGUGAAUUAACAAUAAUAGCUGAAGGUAAACCUCAACCACAAUGUAAAUGGACAUUUAAUAAUCAAGAUUUAACAUUAAUUCCUGGUGAAAUUGAAUCUAUAAUUGAUGAAAAUGAUAAACGUAUAUAUCAUUUACGAAUUCAUUCAACUCAACCAAAACAUAUUGGUGAAUAUUCAUGUACAUUAUCAAAUGGUGGUGGAAGUGUUAAAUCUAAAAAAGUGAAAGUAACAUGUGAAAAAUCUCCACAAUUUCCAUCUGAAUUUGGUAAAACAGUUAAAGCUAUUCAAGGUGAUGAUACAAGAAUUGAAAGUUCAAUUGAUGCUUAUCCAUUACCACAAUUUACAUGGAGUCGGGCGUCGAAUGAUAAAACAUUAUCAGAUAAAGAUGAAAAUUAUUCAAUUGCAUUUGAUACUGAUCAAAAUGCAUCAAUAUUAUUAAUAAAACAAGUUAAGAAAGCUGAACAUGAAGAUGAAUAUAUAUGUCGUGCAACAAACGAAUUUGGUUCAGCUACAAUGCGUACUAAAUUACUUGUUCUUAUUCGACCUUAUUUUAUUGAACAAUUAAAAGAUGCACAAUGUCAUGAAUUUGUUGAACAAUAUGCUAUUGAAUAUCAAGCUGAAGGUUUUCCUGAACCAACAAUACAAUGGACAAGAAAUAAUGAAAUAAUAUCAUCAACAUCAAAUGAAUUUCGUAUUGAAAAAAAUCGUUUAGUUAUAUUAGAAACUAAAUUAGAACAUACAGGAACAUAUGCUGUUAAAUUAACAAAUGAAGUUGGUGAAAUUGAAUCAUCUAUGCAGUUAACAGUAACAGAAAGACCUAUUGAAGUUGGUAAACAUCUUGUUGAUACAAUUGGUAUUGAAAAAGAUCAAAUUACAUUUGAAUGUGUAUUUACAAAACCAAUUGAAAAUGUUAAAUGGCUUAAAAAUGGUAUUGAAUUACCAGAUGAUGCACGUUUUAUACGUAAAGGUGAACCAAAUCAACGUUAUUUUCAAUUAGAAAUUCAUUCAUUAACACUUGAUGAUACAGGAGAAUAUUCUUGUAUAUAUACUGAAACAAUUAAUUCAAAAGCAAUGUUAACAGUUAAUGAAUUACCAAUUGAUUUUGAAAAACCAUUAUCAAAUCAAUCAUUAACCGAAUAUGAUACAUUAACACUUGAAUGUAUUGUAACAAAACCAAAUAAGCAAGUUAAAUGGUUUUUUGAUAAUCAAGAAUUAAAACCAGAUGAUCGAUGUCGAUUUGAAACAGAAGAUAAAAUUCAUCGAUUAAUUAUUAGUAAUGUAUCACCAAAUGAUGAAGGAAAUUAUGAUGUUAUUACAGAAAGUGAUAGAAAGAGUUCAGCAUUUAUUAGUGUUAAAGAAAUUCCUGUUGAAUUUAUUCGUCCAUUAACUGAUGUUGAUAUACAAGAACGUGCAUCAGAAUUAAUUCUUGAAUGUGAAUUAAAUAAAUCUGUUCAUGUUGAAUGGUAUCGUUUUUCAACACAAUUAACAUCUUUUACUGAUGAACAACGUAUAUUCCUUGAACAUAAUGAUCUUGUACAUCGUUUAAUUAUAAAAAAUAUUCAAAUGGAUGAUCAAGGUACAUAUACAUGUCUUUAUCCAUCACAACAUGUUGAUUCAUCAUGUAAAGUACAUGUUAAUGAAUUACCAUUAGCUAUUGUACAAAAUUUGAAUGAUGAAUAUUUAAUAACUGAAAAUGAUGAUUUAAUAUUAAAUAUUGAAUUAAAUAAAAUAAGUUUCUUAAAGUAUGAAUGGCUUAAAGAUGGUACUCCUAUUGAAAAUAAUGAACGUAAUAAAAUGAUUGUUCAAGGUGAAAAAUAUCAAUUAAAAUUAUUUGAUGUUAAACUUAAUGAUCAAGGAAAAUAUACAUUUCGUAUAAAUGAAGCUAAUCUUGAAACAAAUACAAAUAUUAAAAUAAAUGAAUUACCUAUUUAUUUUACACGUCCUUUAAAAGAUCUAUCAACAAUUAUGGAAAAUACAUCUGAUUAUCGUUUUGAUUGUGAAAUAAAUAAAGAAAAUAAAAUUGCACAAUGGUUUAAAGAUGAUGAACAACAAGCAUUAGUUUCAAAUGAUGAAAUCAAAAUAGAAUCUCGUGGACGUAUACAUGCAUUAGUUUUUAAUUCAGUAAAAUUAACAUAUGCAGGAAAAUAUACAUGUCAAUUUACCGAAGAUAUUAAAUCAAUUGGUACACUUCAAGUUGAAGAUGCUCCGACUGGAUUUGAAGUUGGUUUAGAAAAUACAACAGUUAUUGAAGAUGAACCACUUACAUUAGAAUGUAUUCUUACAAAAGAUCGACCUGAUGAUGAAGUCAUUUGGUCAUUUAAUGGUGAUCGAUUAAUUAUCGAUAAUGAACGUAUUAAAACAUCAAAAGUUGGUCCAAUUAUUAAAUUAAUUAUAGAUGAAUGUCAAUUAGCUGAUGAAGGACGUUAUCAAGCAGAAAUUAAUAAUAAAACAAGCAAAGCUAUUGUUACUGUUAAAGAGAAAAAACUUCAAUUUACCCGUCCAUUAAAAGAUAUCGAAGUCGAUGAAUGGUCACAAUGUAUUCUUGAAUGUGAACUUAAUAAACGUAAUAUUGAAUGUCGUUGGUAUAAAGAUACAUUGGAACUAUAUCCAAAUGAUCAUUAUCAAUUUGAAGUUGAUAAUAAAAUUCAACGUUUAAUUAUAAAUCGUCUUGAAUUAGAUGAUACAGCUAUAUAUGGUUGUGUUUGUCGACAAGAAAAAACGUCCGGACAAUUAACUGUUAAAGAAUUACCUUAUGAAUUUAUUCGUCCAUUAGAUGAAACUGUAACUAUUGUAGAAAAACAACAAUUAGUACUUGAAUGUGAAACAAAUAAACCAUUAAGAGAUAAUUUAGCUAUAUGGACGCGUAAUGGACAAGUUUUAACACAUAGUCCUCUGGAUGGUGUACUUAUUAAAACACUUGAUAAAGUUCAUACAUUAACAAUAUAUGAAUGUAAAAUGAAAGAUGAUGGACAAUAUGCAUGUACAAUAAAACAAGCAAGUACAACAUGUCAAGUGAAGAUGAAAGAAGCACCAGUUGAAUUUAUUCGUUCACUUGAAGAUUUAACAGUAACAGAAGGUCAACCAUUAAAAUUAAGUUGUACAUUAAGUAAAGACAAUUGUCAAGUUAUAUGGUUGAAAGAUGAUGAAGAAAUCAAAACAGGUGGAGAAGAAGAAGAGAGUCGAUUUAUAGCAACAAAUGAUGGACGAUUUUAUCGAUUAGAAAUAAAAGAAUCAAAAAUGUCUGAUGCUGGAAAUUAUACUAUUAAAGUUGAAGAUAAACAACAAUCAUGUCAAGUUGUUGUUACUGAAGCUCCAAUUGAUAUAAUUAUUCCAUUAAGUGAUAAAAAUUGUAUUGAAGGUACGCCGGAAUUUUCUGAAUUCUAUGUUGAAUUAAAUAAACCAAAUAUCAAUCUGGUUUGGAAAUGUGAUGAUGAACCAAUUGAUUUUAAUAAUUCAAAAUAUUCGACACUUAAUGAAAAAACAAAAUAUACAUUAAUUAUUCGUAAUAUUGAAUUAUCUGAUGAAAAAACAUAUUCAUGCCAAGUUAGUAGUGGUACAUCAUCACGUGUUAGAUCUUCAGCACAAUUAACUGUUGAUGAAUUACCACCAGAAUUUGUUUUAACUACACCAUUACAAGAUCGUGAAUGUUUUGAAGAUGAAAAUGUUGAAUUUGAAUGUGAAUUAAAUAAAUCAAAAUGGAAAAAAACCGGACAAACAAUUAUUUGUAAAUGGUUUCGUAAUGUUGAUCGAGAAUUACGAUCAACAGUUAAAUAUUCUAUUGAACGUUCAGGACCAAUACAAAAAUUAAUUAUUCAUAAUGCACAAUUUGAAGAUGAAGCAGAAUAUCGUUGUGUUAUUAUGGAUAAAUUUGUUAGUGCAAAACUUACUGUGAAAGAAAUUCCUGUAACAUUUACUCAAUUACUCGAAGAUAUUAAAACAAUUGAACGUGAAACAGUUAUAUUUCAAUGUGAAGUAUCUAAAACACAAUCAACACGUACAGAAACUGAAAUACCAAUACAAUGGUAUCGUGAUGGUGUUAAAAUAGUUGGUGGUGGUCGAUUUGAAAUUUCUAAAUCAUCCGGCAAUAAACGACAAACAUUAAAAAUCAUUAAUGCUAGUUUAACUGAUACAGGUGAAUAUGCAUGUACAGCUGGUACAGAUCAAAUUCGUACAGUUGCUAAUUUAAUUGUUGGUGAUCUUGAUGUUGAAUUUCUUCAAACAUUACAAGAUCGUACUAUUCUUGAAGAUCAAACAUUAAUACUUGAAUGUAUUGUUAAUCGUACAGAUAAACCAAUAUCAUGGUAUUUUAAUGAUCAACAAAUUCAUUCAGGUACAAAAUAUGAUAUUAGUCGUGAAAAAAAUAAACUACGUUUAAUUGUUAAAAAUGUUACUGCUGAUAAUGAAGGACAAUAUAGAUGUUGUGUAGCAAAUGUUAAAACACAAUGUCAAAUUAUUGUUGAUGAAGAAAAAGUUCGUUUUACAGAACGUUUAACUGAUGUUGGAGUUAAAGAAGGUGAUGCAGCAAAAUUUCAAUGUUCAGUUUCAAAAUUAAAUUAUAUUAAAGCUAAACGUGAUAUUGAUUUUAAAUGGUUACAUAAUGGAAAAUUAAUUGAUGAAAUUCAUGAUAAAGAAAAAUAUGCAAUUGAAUUUGAUAAAACAAAUAAAAUAUUAAAAUUAACAAUAAAUGAUGUACGUAAUGAAGAUAUUGGUAUAAUAACAUGUCAAGCUGAUGAUGUUACAACAAUAGGAAAAUUAAUUGUUGAAGAAAUACCAAUUUAUUUUGUACGUAAACCAGAAGAUCAAAUAUUAACUGAAUUGCCAAAUAUUUGUUCAUUUGAAUGUGAAUUAAAUCGACCUGGUGUACAAGUUAAAUGGUUACAUAAUAAAAAGGAAUUAGAUUAUAUGAAAGAUAAAAUUGAAUUUCAUAAUACAGAUACAAUUUAUCGUUUAAAAUUAUUACAAAUUGAUAUUGAUGAUCAAGGUGAAUAUGUAUGUGUAGCACGUGAUAAAAAAGCACAAGCAUUUUUAAAAUUACAAGUACCACCUAAAAUUCAUUCAUUUCAAACAAAUUCAAAAUUAAUUAAACAUGAUCAACCAUUGGUUAUUGAUAUUUUAUAUCAUGGAUGGCCAGAACCAACUAUUGAAUGGAAUAAAAUAAAUAAUAAAAUCAAAAAUAAAUUACUUAAACCUGGACAUAUACAAAUGUCAAUUGAUAAUACAAAUCGAAAUGAUUCUGGUUUAUAUGAAAUAACACUUAAAAAUGAUUAUGGACAAGAUCAAAGAAAUGGUACUAUUGAAAUACUUGAUAGACCAAGUAAACCAAAAAAUUUAAUUGUUAAAUUAUUGGAUGUUGGUGAAUGUGAAUUAACAUGGGAAGAACCAGAUGAUGAUGGUGGUUCACCAUUAACUGGUUAUUGUAUUGAAAAAUGUGAAGAACGACGUGCUGCAUCAUGGGAUGAAGUUUGUGUUAUGAGUAUUGAAGAAAGAAAAACAAUUGUUAAUAAAUUACUUGAUGGUGCUAAAUAUCGUUUUCGUGUUAGUGCAGAAAAUAAAUAUGGUCGAUCAGAACCAUGUGAAUAUACUGAACCAAUACUUGUUAAGAGUCCAUUUGAUUGUCCAUCUACACCGGAAGCUCCAAAUGUUGAUGAAAUCUUUGCAACAACAUGUCGUAUACAAUGGACACCACCAUCUAGUGAUGGUGGAACACCAUUAACAGGUUAUAUUGUUGAACGUCGUUUACAAGGAGCUGCACGUUGGUCAAAAGUAACAAAAUUAAUCAUUCCAUCAGAUACAACACAAAUUAAAGCUGAAGAACUUAUUGAAGGAAGUGAAUAUGAAUUUAGAGUAAUUGCUUGUAAUAAAGUUGGUCAAUCAGAACCAAGUGCUCCAUCAAGGACUAUUGUUGCUAAAAAUCCAUUUGAUAAACCUGGUGCACCUUUUGAUUUAACUAUAAAUGCAAUUGGUAAUGAAUGGAUUGAAUUAAGUUGGCAACCACCAAUUAAAGAUGGUGGUUCACCCAUAACAGGUUAUGUUAUCGAACGACGAACUGCUUCAAAUUAUAAAUGGCAUGCUCCAACUGAACCGUUUGAAGGCACAACAAAAAAAUUACAUUCAUUACAUACAGGACAUAAAUAUGAAUUUCGUGUUCGAGCUCAAAAUUUAGCUGGUCUUGGUGAACCAUCCAAUCCUACAAAAGAAACUGAAAUACGAGAACCAAUUAUUGGUGAAAAACCAAAAUUUAUUCAAGAACUUGAACCUAUUACAGUCAUUAGUGGACGACCUGUUACAUUAACAGCUCGUGUUAAAGGUGAUCCAACACCUAAAUUUAAAUGGUCGAAAAAUGAUCGUCCAAUUGUACAAGAUGAUCGUAUAAAAUUUGAUGUUACUGGUGACACAGUUAAAUUAAUAAUUAGCGAAGCGUUACCAACUGAUGCGGGUACCUAUGAAUUAAUAGCUGAAAAUGCUCUUGGUUCAAUUGAUUGUACGGCUAAAAUGACUGUACAUUCACCGCCAACUAUAGUUAAUUCAACUCCAUCACCAAUCAAUAUUCCUGUAGGUCAAGUUUUAUAUAUUUCAUGUGAAGUCACUGGAUAUCCUCGACCAGAAAUGAUCUGGGAACCAACUAAUGAUCGAGCACGUACUGAACAAUCAGACACAUUUGUUACUUUAUCUAUAUCAAAAGUUCGUGUAAAUGAAGGCGGAAAUUAUAAAUUAAUAUUAAAAAAUGUUGCUGGUGCAGCUGAUGCAUCAUUUGAUGUUCGUGUUCAAAAUGUUCCACAACCAGUAAGAAAUCUUAAAAUUGAUAAUAUAACUGCUGAAUCAGCUCAUAUUAAAUGGGAAGCACCAUUAGAUGAUGGUGGUUUACCAAUAAAUUCCUAUGUUGUUGAAUAUCGUGAUAUGCGUCGUUCACAAUAUGUUCGAUGUGAACGUCUUUCAAGUGAAAAAUUUGAUUAUGAACUUAAUCAUUUAACAAAAGGAUCAAAAUAUACAGUAAGAGUAUUAGCAGAAAAUAAGUUAGGUCAAUCAGAGCCAACAGAAAUAACUGAACCGUUUAUUGCCAAGAAUCCAUUUGAUGUACCAAGUGCACCAAGAGAACUUAAAGUUACUGGUGUAACAAGAUCAAGUUGUCAAUUACAGUGGUUACCACCAAAUAAUGAUGGUGGAGCGCCAAUUCAGGGUUAUAUUGUUGAAAGACAAACAGAAAAACGUUGGAUUCGAGCUAUACCAACAUUAGUACAAGGAACAACUGUACAGCUAGUUGAUCUAAUUGAAGGAUCAAUCUAUGAUUUUCGAGUAGCUGCUGUUAAUGAAGAAGGUCAAGGUGCAUAUAGUCGUCCAAGUGAAUCUGUUACUCUUAAAGAUCCAUAUGAUGUUCCAACACAACCAGGACCUCUUGAUAUAAAUGAAUUAACGGAUACCUCAUGUAUACUUUCAUGGAAACCGCCUAUUCGUGAUAAUGGUAGUGCAAUUAUUGAAUAUAUACUUGAACAACGUUUUAAAACAGAUCCAUCAUUUAUACGCAUAGAAACUGUAACACCUAUAACUGAAUGUUUUCAUAAAGUAGAAGAUUUAUUAACAAAUGGUGAAUAUGAAUUUCGUGUUGCUGCACGUAAUCAAGCUGGUUUAAGUGCAUAUUCACAAACAGAACGAUCUAUUAUUAUUCGUGCACCACGACAAGGUAUUGCACCACGUAUUGAAAAAUUUUCCAAUCAAACAGUAAAUGGCGGUAGUCAAGGUCGUAUUGAAGCAACGAUUAUUGGUUCACCUGAACCUGAAAUAAUUUGGUACAAAGGUGGUCGAAAAUUGCCAUUAACAACUGGACGAUAUACAUCAUCACUUGCACAAGGUAUUCUUGUUCUUUAUAUAAAAGAAGUACAAGAAAAUGAUGCUGGACAAUAUACAUUAGAAAUUCAAAAUGAAUUUGGUAGUGAUAGUAAACAAAUACAAGUAACUGUUUUAGCAACACCUAAAAUUGACUUUGAUUCAAAAUAUCGUAAACAAAUUAUUGUUGGUGUUAAUUCAUCCAUACGUAUACCGUUUACAUUUACUGGUUCGCCUAAACCUGAAUUAACAGUAAAUCGUGCUGAUGAAUCAAAAGAAAAUCAUGCAACACUUGAUCUAUUUGAAAAUAGUGGAACAUUUCUUUUACGUCAAACAACACGUCAAGAUACUGGUUUAUAUCGUUUACAAGCAACAAAUGAAUGUGGUACAGCAACAUCACGUUUUGAUAUUCUUGUACAAACAGUUCCAUCACCACCUGGUGGACCAUUACAAGUAACUUCUAGUGGUAAAGAUUAUGUUAGUCUUGCUUGGCAUACAUGUCCUGAUGAUGGUGGAAGUGAAUUAACAUCAUUUAUUAUUGAAAAACGUGAAGAAAAUAAAUCAAUUUGGACAAAAGUUGCAACAAUUCGUCCAACAAAUACAACAUAUACAUGUACUGGUUUACUUGAUCAGACAAAUUAUUUGUUUAGAAUAUUAGCUGAAAAUGAAAUAGGUGUUAGUGAACCAUUAGAAUUAGAACAUACUGUUAUGGCUAAAUUACCAUAUGAACGUCCUGGUCCACCAAUAGGUCCAAUUAAAAUUGAUUCAAUUAUUCAAACAGGUUGUACAUUAUCAUGGUUACCAGCAACAGAUGAUGGUGGUGCAAAAAUUACAGGUUAUAUUAUUGAAGGUAAAGAUAUUAAUCGACAUUCAUGGACACAAUUAGAAAGUGCACCUGCUAGUGAAACUACAGUCGAUAUAAGACAAUUAAAAGAAGAUGCAACAUAUAUAUUUCGUAUAAUGUCAAAAAAUAUUGUUGGUCUGUCGCAAUCACUUGAAAGUGAAUCUGUAACAUUAAAACGCCCAAAAACAGUUCCACAUGCACCUGUACCAUUUUUUGUUAAUGAUAUUGAUAUUGAUAAUUGUACAUUAGAAUGGGAAAUACCGAAAUUUACUGGUGGAGACAAUUUACAAAUAAAAAAUUUUAUUAUUGAACAACGUAUUGGUGAUAAAGAAACAACACCAUGGAAAACUGUUGCUGAACCAGAAGCAUUUCUAACAAGUACUGUUAUUCGACAUUUAAAAGAAGAAAAAGAAUACUAUUUUCGUAUCAAAGCUGUUAAUGAAGUAGGACAAUCAAAGCCAACAGAAUUAACUCGGCCAGUUAUUCCACGUCAAAAGAGCAUUGUUCCAUCGGCACCUAUUGGUCCUAUAAGUACAUUAAUGGUAACACGAGAUUCUAUUACAAUUAGUUGGGGACCAUGUAAAGAUGAUGGUGGAAGUGAACUUAUUGGUUAUGUUAUUGAAAGACGCGAUGCUUCAAGAAAUGUUUGGCAACGUAUUGGAUAUAAUGAUCCAAGUACAUUUACAUAUGCAGCAACAGGAUUAACUGAAGAUGUUGCAUAUCAUUUUCGUAUAUUUGCGGAGAAUUCAGUUGGAAUGUCACCAGCAUUAACAACUGUUGAUCCAAUUAUUGCUAAAAGUCCAUAUACACGUCCAGAUAAACCCGAAGGACCAUUAUUAACAAAAAUUGUUUCACCAACUUCAAUUGAAUGUUCAUGGCAACCACCAUUAAAUGAUGGUGGUACAACAUUAACAGGUUAUCUUAUUCAAAGACGUGAGAUAUCAAGACCAAUUUGGGUUAAAGCUGGAUAUGUUAGUGGUGAUAUAAAUCGAUGUGUAAUAAAAGAUUUACCAGAUGAAGGUUCUUAUUUAAUACAAGUAUAUUCGGAAAAUUCCGAAGGUCAAUCAUUAGAACCAUUAAUAUUAGAACAACCAGUUAAAUUAACACGUAAAAUUGGUGUACCCGAACCACCAUCGAAACUUGAUGUUAUCGCUAAAACAGAGUCAUCAAUAACAUUACAAUGGGAAAUGCCACGUAAUGACGGUGGUAGUCCAUUAAUAGAAUAUUUAUUAGAAAUGCGUGAUAAAAAACAUAAAACUAAUGAUUGGACACAAGUACAAAUAUUGCCAGCAAUUACAACAAGUUUUCGAGUAUCAAAAUUAGAUGAAAAUGUCUAUUAUAAUUUUCGUAUUAAAGCAGCUAAUUCUAUUGGAUAUGGUGAACCAAAAUCACUUGAAAAAGCUGUUAAACCACAAAAACAAAAUGAGCCACCAUCUAUGCCUAAUAAACCAUUACAAACAUCAAAUAUAGAUUCAACAUCAAUAUCUGUAUCAUGGAAACCAUCAUUAUCAAGUGGUUCAAGUGAUAUUAUAUCUUAUAUUGUUGAACGUCGUGAUGCUCUUAAAGCAAAUUGGAUUCCAGUUAAAAAAGCUUCAUCAAAUCAAUAUAAUCUUAUUGUAACAGAAUUAACUGAAGGUUCAAGUUAUUAUUUUCGUGUUUGUGCAUUAAAUGAAAAUGAUCUUCAUAGUGAAUGGCUUGAAUUAGAUAUGCCUAUGUUAUGUCGAAAUCCAUAUGAUGUUCCAUCACCACCAAAAAAUCUCAUUGUGAAAGAUAUUAUUGGACAAACAGUAACUAUACAAUGGGAUCCACCAGAAAAUGAUGGUGGUAAACCAAUACGUGGUUAUAUUAUUGAAAGACGUGAUGUACAAAGAACAACAUGGUUAAAAGAAGGACGUUGUAAAACAACAACAUAUGAAAUUGAAAAUUUGCCAUUAGGUGGUCAACAUUUAAUACGUAUAACAGCUGAAAAUGAAGAAGGACUUUCAGCACCAUGUGAAAUUGAUAAACCAUUACAAAUUGAUGCUAAAGACAUUUCAUUACCAAAACCACGUGAUGUUGAAAUUGGAAAAGUUAAAGGUCAAUCAAUAACUUUAACAUGGUUACCAGCUACAGGAUCAUUACAAGAUAAAACUGAUUCAAUAUCAGCUUAUAUGAUUGAAGUAUGGGAUUCUGAAAAUCAUUCAUGGCAUGAAUUAGAAAAAGUUGAUGCAUCAGAAACAACAUAUACACGUACAGAUUUGAAAACAGAUUUAUCUUAUCAAUUUCGUCUACGUACAUUAACACGUAAUGGUCGACGUUCAUCACCAACACGUGAAACACAAGUUCUAUCACUUAAACGUGCAAUUGAACCACCAGAUAUGCCAGAAGCAUUAACAGUAAGAGACAUAACAGAUGAUUCAUUAACACUUUAUUGGCGUGAAGGUUCAUCAAAAACUAAACGUUAUAUUAUUGAAAAACGUGAAGCAUCAAAAAAGAUUUGGGUACCAGCUGGUGAAACAAAAGAAACAACUAUUCAUGUUGAACAUCUUAUGCGUAAUGUUCAAUAUGAAUUACGUGUUUUUGCUGAAAAUGCUUCAGGUGAUCGUUCAACAGAAGCAGCAUUAUUAUUAAUUCAUUUUAAAGGACGACAAGUACCACCUGGUUUAUGUGAACAAUUAAAAGUUAAACAAUACAGUGCAACAGCAUGUUUACUUACAUGGUUACCACCGCUUGAUACGGGUAAUUCACCAAUUCGAAAUUAUAUUGUGGAAAAACAACAAGUUGGCCGUUUAACAUGGCAAAAUGUUAAUGAAUCAUUACAAACAUGUACAUGUAUUGUCAAUGAUUUAACACCUAGUGUACAAUAUAAAAUACGUGUUGCUGCUAUUAAUGAAUUUGGUCAAGGAGAAUUUGUUGAAACUGAACCAAUAGAAAUUAAAGAAGAGAAUAUUCCACCAUCAAAACCUGUUAAUUUAACUGUAAUAGAUACAACUUAUACAUCUAUUGAUGUUAGUUGGUUAUGUCCACGUGAAUUUGGUUCUAAACCAAUAAAACAUUAUAUACUUUAUCGACGUUCAUCAAAAUCAGGUUCUGAUUGGAAAUUAAUUCAUCGUGUAAAUCGAACACAAUUAUCAUAUACAUUUGAUAAUCUUGAUUCAUCAUUAUCAUAUCAUUUACGUGUUACAGCUGAAUCUGAUUCUGGUGAAUCUGAACCAUGUGAAUUACCAACAGCUAUAUCACCUAAAAAGAAACCUAAACCACCACCAAUACUUGAUCAUGUUUUUGUUCGUACAAUUGAUGAUGGUAUGAUUAGUCUACAAUGGAGUGGUUUAGAUACAGAUAUUGAUAAUCAAUUAGAACAUAAUGUUAAUUUACUUGGUUAUAUUAUUGAAAUGAAUGAUGGUACAGAUUGGGUUGAAGUUGAACGAACAGAUAGUGAUACACGUACAUGCACAGUAACACAUUUACGACAAGAUAUUGAUUAUAAUCUUCGUGUAUCAGCUUACAAUCGUAUAGGACAAGGUCGUUCAAAAGAAAUUGAUACACCUGUUAAAGCUAAAUCACCAUUUUCUAAACCAGGUCAACCAUUAGGUCCAUUAAGUAUAGCGAAUAUAACACGAUCAACUGUUGAUUUAAAUUGGUCACCAUCACCAACUAUAAAUGAUAUACCAAUAACAAAUUAUUUUGUUGAAAAAUUUCGUGAUGGUAUUUGGAUAAAAGUUGCACGUUUACCACCCACAUCAACAUCAUUAAAAGUAUUUAAUUUAAUUGAAAAUAAAGAAACAUUAUUUCGUGUAUCAGCUGAAAAUCGUUUUGGUAUUAGUGAACCAUUACAAUCCAUGCAUAUUAAACCAAAUCGAUCAUUUGAAACAAAACCACCAACUGAUCUUGAUUCAACAGCAGCUAGUUAUUUUGAAAAAACUUUAAGUCAUAAUGAUUUUAAUUUUCUUUUAUAUCAUGAUAGUCCACCAUCGACAACAUUUGAUACAUUAAAAUUUGGUGAUGAUGUUGAAGAAUAUAUUAAAAGUGUUUGGUAA